AUGGCUGGGGAAGGCGGUGGCGGUGGCGAUUCUGCAACUUUUGAAACGACACCAACAUGGGCGGUGGCGACUGUUUGUUUCUUCAUGAUAGCAGCUUCUAUACUCAUAGAACAGGGUCUUCAUCUCUUAGCUAAGUACUUGAGCAGGAAGAGGAGGAAAUAUCUCAUUCAUGCUCUUAACAAAAUCAAAUCAGACUUAUUGCUUUUGGGCUUCAUCUCCUUGUUGCUGACCGUAUGUGAAAAGCCAAUUGCAAAUAUAUGUAUUCCUAAGGGUGUUGCUCAUUCUUUUCUUCCUUGCCAUAGCUUGAAGAGUGAGGAAGAGGAGGAAUCCAAAUGUGAAGAACAGGGUAAGCUUUCUUUCGUUUCGAGAGUGGGCAUCCAGCAACUCCAAUUGUUGAUAUUUUUUCUAGCUGUCUUCCAUGUUUUGUCCAGUUUUCUCACAUUCAGUCUUGGGACAGCUAAGAUGAGGAAAUGGGAACAUUGGGAAGCAGAAACCAGGACAUUUGAAUAUGAAUUUUCAAAUGAUAACAGGAGGUUUCAGUUCAUUCAUCAAACAUCAUUCGGAAGAAGACAUCUUAAAUUUUGGAGUGAACACCGGCUCCUCCGUUGGCCGGCUUGUUUUCUUCGUCAAUUCUACGGAUCUGUUUCCAAAGUAGAUUAUUUCACUCUUCGACAUGGAUUCAUCAUGGCCCAUUUUGCCGAAGAAAGUAAUUUUGAUUUCCAAAAGUAUCUAAAGAGAGCACUGGGAAAAGAUUUUGGUGUCGUCGUGGGCAUGAGGCUUUGGAUAUGGAUCUUCUCUGUACUCUUCAUAUUCUUCAAUGCAUUUGUAUUUCACAGCUAUUUUUGGCUCCCAUUCAUUCCGCUACUGAUGUUACUGGUUGUUGGGACAAAGCUGCAAGGUAUCAUUACCAGAAUGUGCUUAGACAGCAGCGAUAAAUCUCAUGUUGUUCAAGGAACUCUGCUUGUUCGGCCAAGCGACCACUUCUUCUGGUUUGAUAGACCAAAAUUACUUCUCCACCUAAUGCACUUUAUCUUAUUUCAGAACUCGUUUCAGUUGGCAUUCUUCACGUGGUCUUGGUACAAAUUCGGUCUGAGAUCGUGCUUCCAUCGGGAAACUGAAGAUAUCGUCAUAAAACUAGCAGUAGGAGUAGUAGUCAACUUUCUCUGUGGCUAUGUGACUCUGCCUCUCUAUGCACUAAUCAAUCAGAUGGGUUCAUCAAUGAGAAAUUCUGUUUUCACUGAAGAAGUGUUGGGAGGCCUAAAAAGGUGGCGAAUCAAAGCGAAGAAAAACUUGGCUCGUAAGCAUCACGCGGAUUUGGCACGUCGUUCUUUAGAUGGUUUGCUCGACAUGUCAGUUGAAUCCUCUCCAUCAUUCAGUACUCUUGAUCCUUCGUUCUCUGUGGAAAUCGGUUAUGCUAGUGACAGUGGGGUCGUAUUAGAUGAAGAUAGUGUUGCAAGGAGGCAACCAGAGCAGAAUCAGAAGCUGGGAUCUUUCCAAGGUUUUGAAUUGAGUAGAACAUAUUAG